AGCCUUGUUAUUGUGGUGCCAAGAACUGUCUUGGUGUUAUCGGUGGGAAGACUCAGACUGAGGCGUUGUCACUUUUGCCACAGGUUUACUCUGAGGCGCUAUUGAGCUUUGGCGAUGAGUCUGAGUUGCAGUUUGUCAACGAGAUGAACGAACAGGGCAGAGAGUUGGUUAAGAAUGAGAACGGUGUCAAUUUGGAGUUCUUGAACAGGCUGGUUGUCAGACCUAUUGAGAUUUACCAAGUCAGCAAAGUCUCUGCUGCGUUGCUCCAGUGUGAAGACUUGGCUGUUUUAGAUAAGUUGGUGUUGAGACUGGAGAAAUCAACG